AUGCUGACGUCCAGGGUUUGGGGGGUAGUUCUGGUAACAUUCACUAGCCUCAUCAGUGCACAAGAGGCACUUUGUGCUCAAGUCAGUGAGAGAAUAGGAAGGUCCUCAUCAGUCCCAGCUAGCCUGGCCUUACAAUGCCUGCGAUCGGUUCCACUUCAGACAGAAAGCGCACUCACGCAGCUGACGGGACUGCGACUUUUGCUCGGCUUCCAGAGUGAUCUGGCUUAUCUCAACAGCUCGCAACCAGCAAGACUCUAUCCUGAUGUUGACAUACUGGGCGGACUCGAUACUUUGCAAGCGCGUCUCCAACAAGACUUCUAUCCGAACGAGUACGACUUCCAGGCCGACCUGGCCCGGCUGAUUGCUUCAGCCUACGACGGACACCUGUCAUACAUUCCAGACAUUGUCGGCACAUUUGCGUUCCUUCGCAUCGCUCGCUCGGGAGAUAGGUUUCCUCUGAUUUCGGUAUCAUCCGAUGGGGUCGAGCUGCCAGAAGUAUAUGCCUACCAAGACAGGUUUAUUCUUGCAGCAACGAGCGCACGAACGACCUUUGUCCCUUCGCCAGUCGUCCAGAUUAAUGGCCAGGAUGUUCAGGACUUCUUGAAUCAGCAAGCUGCUUUAGCAGGGUCAUAUCAUGAUCCGGAUGCCAACUACAACCUACUAUUCCCGACCGAGCUUGCACCGGAGAGUGGAACCAUCUUUGAAGAGUUUCGUUUCUUCGACGAGAGCGACGAGACAAAGUUGACCUAUGCGAACGAUACUGAGGUGAUAUUGAGCGUCAGAGCGCUCUCCACGAGUGACCUCACGGGUAUCGCAGAUGGUGAAAGUUUCUUCGGGAGGUGCUGCAAUGGGACCAUUGAGGACUUGCUCUCUGAAGAAAUGGGGUCGCGAAACAUGGUCUCGGCUGUUGGCCUGUCGGAGGCACUCCAGCAGUCAGCUUCAAUGAACGUUGUACCAGCUCGUCCACGCCUGAGAUCUGCGGAGCUAGAGAAAAGACAAGCCGACUCAGACCGCCCGCAGUUUCCAACGGAAGUCGUUGCUUACGCGAGCCGGGUUUCUGGAUACUUCCCAGAAUCAAAUUCAGAUCUGGCGGUGCUGGCGAUUUCGACCUUUCAGAACGCUCUCGACGAAGUUGCGGACUUCCAGUCUACAAUUGGUGACUUUUUGGCAAUUUCUGAAGAAGCAGGCAAGACUCGACUUAUCAUCGAUCUUCGCGGGAACCCAGGCGGUCUCGGCUUCCUUGCGCACGAUACAUUUCGUCAGAUCUUCCCUACAGCAUUCCCGUAUGAUGCAGUGAACUUUCGGGCAGUUCCACUAUUUGACCUUACUGGGCGUGUUGUAAGCCAGGCCUUUUCAAGCGCCAGUGCAGAAGAUUUCGACAAUCCUCUAUCCGCACCUCCAUUCUUCUCGGGAGCAUACCCCUUUAACUAUCGCCAACAGCUUGAUGCGAACAACGAGACUUUCCAGUCUUGGCCGGAUCUCUUUACGUCUCUAGUCCGACCCAACCUGACGAACAUUUUGCAGACUCAAUUCCCGGUGUUCCCUGAGGGUCGAACAGCUGCUGAGGCUGCUCGUCCACAAGUAUUUGAUCCUCAGAACAUUGUGCUACUGCAGGACGGCGGGUGUGCAUCCACGUGUGCGCUCUUCAGCGAGUUCAUGAAGAGCAACGCACCAGGAGAUCAAAACGUACGCCAAGUAGUAGUAGGUGGUCGUCGGCAGACAGGUCCUGCUCAGGGCGUUGGAGGCAUCAAAGGCGGACAGCUGGGUCUGUUGGUCGCACUGGAUCAAGGGGUGUUAAGCGCAGUGAGCUCGGCGUCGAUCGAAGAACUGCUCAAAUUUCAAGCCGAUCUCCGCCAAGACGAUAUCGCGGCUGCCAUCGUUGCCCUGAAUCGUGCGACGACUACCAGCUCCGGGGUUGGAGAUGCACCACCGGGUGGUCUGCCAGCAGGGAGCGUAAACUUCCGCAACAGUAUCCGCGAAGGCGACAGCACUGUGACUCCUCUUCAGUACGUCUACGACGCCGCCGACUACCGGAUCUUCUAUACAGCUCCUAUGUAUACGUCCCAGGAAGAACUCUGGCGUAAGGUGUAUGAGGUCUCAUGGGAGGACGGGCGCUGUGUUGCGGAUUCCACAGGCCAUCCUUCAGCACAGCCAGUAACCAACUAUGCCGAAAUCGAGAUACCAGAGAAUUCUUGA